AAGGUUAAUACGUUCGAAACACAGAAGUACAUCAAUCUACAUUUUAUCUUCAAAUUCAUUGCAUUAGUUGAUAUAGAUUUUGUUGGAAAUAUGAAGGGGUUUUUCUUUGUUGCUGCUUUGUUAGUCGGCUUGACCUACGCCCAAGAAAAUGGAAACAGACCAGUUUUGAAAAGGGUGACUCGCAAAGCGAUUAGAAACAUGAGAGGUGCUCUUCUAAAGCAAAUCGAAGCUAAGAUCAUAUCGAAUUGCGAAGCAAACGGCUUGACCGACUGCGGUGCUAACCAUUUACAGGAAACCUUCAAUAAAAUGAGAAGCUGUUUGGAAACCAAAAUCAUGUAUUCUGUGCCGAAAGACGAGUACAUCCAGCACUUGGAGUCCUGCGGCAAAGACGCUGUUCGUGAAACCGAAAACUGCUUGAGAAGCGACCAACGGUACUUCCCCAAAUUCGUCUUAGAUUUGGUCAAGUCCUUGGUUAAUUUCAUGUACGAUGACAAAUCCGCACUGGCCUCCUGGGAAAUGACUGCUUGCCUUAGGAAAUUCGAUAACUUCGACGUACGAAGAGAUUACUUUAGUUGUAUGGUGCUCGCUUCCAUUCGGACUCACGACACGCAGGAAAUACCGCACUCGAAAGGCGAUUUUUGCGACAAAUUUGUGGCAGCCGCAAAGUGCUACCCCAGAACCGUGAACAAGUAUUGCGAUCACAACUGCAACGUCAAUAAAAUCAUCUCGGAUUACUCAAAAUAUUUGGCGAUCCCCUGCGAGAUCAAAGAAUAG